AUGCUCUGCGACUCGGACCAGGCUAAGCUAUGCUGGGACUGCGACGAGAAAGUUCACAGCGCCAAUUUCUUGGUGGCAAAACAUUCCAGGGUUCUUCUCUGUCGUUUGUGUCACUCCCCAACUCCCUGGAAAGCUUCGGGCACCAAACUCACGCCAACCGUGUCGUUUUGUCACCGUUGCGUUCUGCAUCGACACGCGCGCUUCAACUACUUGGUCAAUAGUGAUCAACAGCAUAGUGAUGAGGGAAAUGGUUCUGAUCAUGUUCUUGAUGCUGAUAAUAGUGAUUACACCGAACAAGAAGAAGAAUUAGAGGAUGAGGAAGAAGAAGAAGAGGAUGAUGAUGAUGAGGAAGGAGAAAAUCAAGUGGUUCCAAUGUCUUCUGGUUCUGCCACGUCCCCUCCCAGCGACUAUUCAGGUUUAGCUUUGAAGCGAUUGAAAAACAACUCUUUUGCUUUCGAUUCUCAUGAUGAUACAGCAUGUUCUUCAUCUGAGAUUGCUACAUUGUCCAAUAAUGAUGAAUCAACCUCAAGGAGUGUCUUGGGGGCAUUGAAGAGGCAUCGAGUUGAUGAACGAAAUUAUUGA